AUCAGAGCGCUGGCUGGCGGUGGGCAGGUCCGGGGGGCGGGGCCGGGGCGGAGGAAGGACGCACGGACGGGACGCGGCCCCCGCUCGGUGCCCGCUCGCCCCUCGCUGUCCGCUCCGAGCCCGCUCGCCCCGUCCCUCGCCAUGGCCGCCGCCGCCGCGGGACUCCGCGCCUCCUACCACCGCAUGCUCGACCGCAUCGAGCUCAUGCUGCCGCCGCGGUUCCGGCCCUUCUACAACCACCCGGCGGGUCCCAAAACAGUGUUUUUCUGGGCACCUAUUAUGAAAUGGGGCUUGGUGGGGGCUGGACUGGCUGACAUGGCCAGACCAGCAGAGAAGCUCAGCACAGCACAGUCUGCAGUUCUCAUGGCCACAGGCCUUAUCUGGUCAAGGUACUCCCUGGUGAUUAUCCCUAAAAACUGGAGCCUGUUUGCUGUGAACUUCUUUGUUGGCUGUGCUGGUGCUUCCCAGCUUUUCCGAAUAUGGAGGUAUAAUCAGGAGCUAAAAGCACAAAAGCAAAUGCAAUAAAGAGAUGCUUAACCCAACAGGUCAAAUCUAGCAACGCACAAACCCAUCCCCAUGGGACCUAGCUUCACUAAUUUUAAUGUUUUUUUCUCUGAGAAAAUAAAAGAGGAAAAUGAAGAAGAGCAAAUGUUUUCUAAGUGCAAAUAACCAAGUAUCUCCACACAAAUAAAGGGCAACCUUUUAAAAUGAA